UGCAGUCGCCAUUUUACAUCGUCGAUUUUUACGUGUGUGUGCAGUGCAGUUACUUUACGACUUAAAUUCUUAUUACGUGGGCGUAAAACAUUUAGUGGCAUAUUUUUUAAUAAUUUUCAAUUGCUAAAAGUUAAUAAGAAAAUAUGGGACGUAAAAAGAAGAAGCAAUCAAGACCCUGGUGUUGGUAUUGUAAUCGGGAGUUUGAAGAUGAAAAAAUUCUUAUACAACAUCAAAAAGCAAAACAUUUUAAAUGUCACAUUUGUCAUAAAAAGCUUUAUACGGGACCAGGACUUAGUAUACAUUGUAUGCAGGUACAUAAAGAAGCAAUAGAUAAGGUACCUAAUUCUUUGCCAAAUCGAAGCAAUAUUGAAAUAGAAAUUUAUGGUAUGGAAGGUAUACCACCAAAUGAUGCAAAAGAGCAUGAAAGGCAAAGAAAUGGUGGUAGACCUGGUUCACCAAGUUCAGGUGAAGAUGAACCAGUUCGGAAAAAAACAAAGCCAGAAGGUUUAUUAGGUUCUGCACCAGGAGCAAUGCCUACAGGUUCCAACAUGAUGCCAGGUGUAAUGCCAGGUAUGGCAGCUCAUCCUGGUAUGCCACCAAUGGGACAGUUCCCACCACCCAUGCAUCAUAUGAUGGGACCUAUGGGUCCCGUAGGUCCACCUUUCAUGGGUCCUGGUAUGAUGCCUGGAAUGCCAGGUAUGCCACCAGGUAUACAACCACCAGUGUCAGGUGCAUCCAUACCGCCAACACGACCAUUAUUUCCAAGUGCUGCAGCUGUUUCGACAGCUGCAUCUACAUCUGUGACUUCUCCUUUAGGCACAGAUUUUAAACCAAUUACAUCAGUGGCUGGUGGAUCUAUAGGACCUGUUAAGCCAACAUUCCCUGCAUAUAGUAAUGCAGAUAGCAAUACUACGACUAAUAAUAAUAUUGGAAAUGAUCAGAAAGUAAAUCUUAUAGCCACUACUAGUGCUGCCAUUAAAAUCAUUCAUCCUCCAGAAGAUCUUAGCUUAGAGGAAAUUAGAGCAAGACUUCCAAAAUAUCAGCGUCGUCAAACUGAAGAAACUCGAACUGUACAAACUGCUGAUGCCAAUCAGCAAGCUGCUGUAUUACAGCAACAACAACAACAGCAACAGCAGCAGCAACAAGCUGCUGCUGCUAAUGCAGCUGCUGCAUUUCAGGAUCAACAGCAGCGACAACAAGCGGCUUUAAAUGCACUUCAACAACAACAACAAAGAUUUCAGAGACCUCCACAAGCAGUAAUGGUUCCUGCAUCUGCAGCGAUGCCUGUUAGUUCUGUUGCAUUAAUGGCUCCGCUUAUGCGGCCCACUAUGACUCUAGCCGCACCAGCUCUGAUUCAUGGAGGUAACAUGAUGCGACCGCCCCCCAUGGGCCUACCACCAGGUGGGUCGAGCGGCCAACGAUAUUGCAUCUGUUCUGAUUCCUUCAACGCCGGACAGCCACACUUUGAUUUUGGACACAUCACGACUCUUUGGACGUGAAAUGCCUCUUCUUGAAACUAGAGUACUCGGUAUGAUAGGAGCUUUGCCACCGGGAGCAAUGCAUCCGGCAUUCGCAGCUCCAAUGGGUUUCCCCGGUGCACCAAUGUUGGCUCCGAUGAUGCAUCCACGCUUCAGAUGAUCACCUCCUAUGGACGGGCCCCCCCCGCCACUGCACUUCGUGCUCUGGGCCCGCCCCUAAAUUUGAUUAGGGUCCGGACCUGAUUGACAAGAAGAGGAGAGAAAAAGCACGCGUAAAACAUGUUAGCUCGCGUGGACACGCAUUGUUGAUCGGCCGCGGCUGCACUUGACGCAUCCUCUCCUACGAAGUUUACACGAAAGUAACGGAAAUCGGCACGUAAACGUAUUGCGAAAGUGUGGCGAAGACGGUGCAAGAGGAGGCUGCAAACUUAAGCCAUGAGAUAUUGUCCGCUUUACUGUACGUUGACAAUAUAAUAGAAAUUAUGAAUUGUACAAACAUGUAAUUCACCUGUUUGAUCAUCAAAGUACGAAUUCGUUAUUAAUUUUCUUUCACUUCCUCAAGGUUCACCUCAGUAGGCACCCUGUUUGUCUAUUCUUUCUCUCGACUUUGAUCAUUAU